CUGCAUUGGUUCCUUUCCUGGAGUAAUGUCACAACAACUAGGACUUCUGUACUUCCUUUCCCUUGGAAGGAAGGCUGUACCAAUUCACUAGAGAGCUUCACUGAUAUUGGAGUAGAUCCUCAAAAGUAAUUCACAGGUGAAAUCAAAAAUGUUGUCCCGGUUAAGAGUAAUUGCCACGCCUUGUUCUUUGGCAUGUCGCAGAUUACACACCAAGGAGAAAGGCAAGCCGCUGAUGUUGAAUCCAAGAACAAACAAAGGAAUGGCAUUUACUUUGCGAGAACGACAGAUGCUUGGCCUUCAAGGACUCCUGCCUCCUAAGAUAGAGACACAGGACAUUCAAGCUUUACGAUUCCACAGAAACUUGAAAAAAAUGACUGACCCUUUGGAAAAGUACAUCUAUGUAAUGGGAAUCCAGGAAAGAAAUGAGAAGUUAUUUUACAGAAUAUUACAAGAUGACAUUGAAAGUUUAAUGCCAAUAGUAUAUACACCAACAGUAGGCCUUGCCUGUUCCCAGUACGGACACAUCUUUAGAAGACCAAGGGGAUUAUUUAUUUCAAUCUCUGACAGAGGUCAUAUUAGAUCAAUUGUGGAGAACUGGCCAGAAACUGAUGUUAAGGCUGUUGUGGUUACUGAUGGAGAGAGAAUAUUGGGACUUGGAGAUCUUGGUGUCUAUGGAAUGGCGAUUCCUGUGGGAAAGCUUUGUCUUUAUACAGCCUGUGCUGGUAUACGACCAGAUAAAUGCCUUCCUGUGUGCAUUGACGUAGGAACUGACAAUACAACACUCUUAAAAGAUCCAUUUUAUAUGGGUCUGUACCAAAAAAGAGAUCGCUCACAGCUUUACGAUGACCUGAUUGAUGAGUUUAUGGAAGCCAUUACAGACAGAUAUGGCCAGAGCACACUCAUUCAGUUUGAAGAUUUUGGAAACCACAAUGCCUUUAGGUUCCUGAGAAAGUAUCGAGAAAAGUAUUGUACUUUCAACGAUGAUAUUCAAGGAACAGCCUCAGUGGCUCUGUCUGGUCUCCUGGCAGCACAGAAAGUUAUUGGCAAACCAGUCUCAGAGCACAAAAUUUUAUUCCUUGGUGCAGGAGAGGCUGCUCUUGGAAUUGCAAAUCUGAUAGUAAUGGCUAUGAUAGAAAAUGGUGUUCCAGCAGAAGAAGCGCGUAAGAAAAUCUGGAUGUUUGACAAGUUUGGCUUAUUGAUUCAGGAGCGAAAAGAGGGCAUAGAUGGUCAUCAGGAAGCGUUUGCGCACCAGGCACCCGACCAGCUUCCCAAUACUUUUGAGGAUGCGGUGAAUAUACUGAAGCCUUCGGCUAUUAUCGGAGUUGCCGGAGCCGGGCGACUUUUCACGCCAGAUGUAAUCAGAGCAAUGGCUUCCAUUAAUGAACGGCCUGUAAUCUUUGCGUUGAGUAAUCCUACAGCAAAAGCUGAAUGCACUGCUGAAGAGGCAUAUACACUUACCGAGGGUCGCUGUUUGUUUGCCAGUGGCAGUCCAUUUGGGCUUGUGAAACUAAGUGAUGGGCGGUCUUUUAUUCCAGGCCAAGGAAACAACGCCUACAUCUUCCCAGGUGUCGCUCUGGCUGUAAUUCUCAGUGAUGCUCGGCAUAUUAGUGACCAUGUCUUUUUAGAAGCUGCAAAGGCAUUGACUGAGCAACUGACUGACCAGGAGCUAGCCCAAGGGAGGCUUUACCCCCCACUCUCCAAUAUUCAAGAAGUUUCCAUUAACAUUGCCGUUAAAGUUAUAAAAUACCUGUACGCCGAAAAGAUGGCAUUCCGUCACCCAGAGCCAGUAGACAAGAACCAGUAUGUCAGAUCGCGAAUUUGGCGCAGCGACUACGAGUCUUUCAUGCCAGAUGUUUAUGAAUGGCCUGAAGCCGCAGCGAAGCCACCCAAAUUUAUCUGAGAGAAGCGCUAGAAGCCGACCACACUUCCAGAGCUGCCGGGAGCCCCAUUUUCAGACCAAGUAGGGAUGGUGUUGGACAUUUGUAGCUUUUUCUGUACUUUUUAUCUUAUUUCACUUGGCAUGACUUAUUUUUCCCAUAAACUUCCAUAAUUAUAUGGGGAUGAAGGCCACCACACGCACAUUGUCAGUGUUAACAAAAACGUAAAUGACCGUAUUUUAAUUUUCCCUGGGAGCCCAUACCACACCAUGGAUGUUUUAAAAGAAAUAUAAUUGAACAUAUCCUUCUAUGCUUGUUUUUCCCUUCCCUGCUGAUUGCCAAAGUAUUUUCUCUUGCCAUUAGAAGUAGUCUGCCCAGUUCCCUCAAAGUUAUUAAUAAUUCACUCCUGAGGGUGUGAGUGGUAAAUGCUCUACUGUGUUUUGAAGGAAAGAAUCCCACUAAGAAAGAGAGGCCAGUUUUAACCAAAGUGUAUAGGGGAAAACACUGGUAUCCAAGUAUCUUUUUCGUUCAUUCAUUCAUUUGCUCGCCUUAAUAGUAGCAUGUGUGAGUUUAGGCUGUUCUGUAAAAUGUGCAGAAGAGUUUGCCCUGUUUAUUUUUCUGAAAGGUCAUAUUGGUGGGGGAAAACGGAAACUGGACUCAUCUUUUUAGAAGAAUGAGCAAAACCCUCUGCUAGUCUUUUGAAUACUGCAUAGCAUUGUAAUGUGAGUUUGUUUUCUUCAGAAUGAUCUGAAAUAACUUAAAACUAUGUAAAAUUGUCCUGGCUCAGAUGUGCAGUGGAGAAAUUACCUGACCAGAAAACGUUUUUGAAGGUUUCAUUAGUCUGAAGGAAAUUGUGAUCGUUUCUGUUGCUUUACUAUAUUUUCCACUUUUUUUAGAACAAUCUAAUGCGUACGGGUGCAAGUAGUUAGAUCUUUUUUCAUUUCUUGACUUUUUUCCCCUAUUUUUGUGUUUCUUUUGGUGAGCUGCAUGUAUUUGAAGUGAUUUGUGACCUUUAGAAGCUUGUCACCUAUAAAAUCAUCUAAAAAGGCCAUGUAGAGGACUUUGUUUAUCCAGUUCUCAGUUGAUCCCCAGUUUCUCUUCAGUCUGAAGAAUUAACUUUAUAAAGUCACUUCCUAAUAAAUUUUUUUUAAAUAUUGCAACUGGACUUUUUUUCUAAUUGAAGAUU